AUGGAUGAAGUAAAAGACUGCAACUUUCACGAAUGGCGACCGAAAAUCGAAGAAGCUAUUGAAAAGUCUUCAUUUGUCGGUUUUUUUUUGACUUAUGCUAUUGAUAUUUUUUCUUUUUAGCUAUCGAUUUCGAAUUUUUCGGAUUGUCAUCAAAAGAGUUUUCUCUUUUUGAUGGUUCCAAGGACAGGUAUUUGAAAUGCCGGAGGUCGGUCGAAAAGUUUCACCCCUGCCAGUUCGGCAUAGCUUGUUUCAAGCAAAAUCCCGACUUCGGGUAUGACUUUGUCUUUUCUUUAUGUUUGCGAUUGGAGUUAUAGAUUUACCGUUGAUGUCUUUUCCAUUCCAUUGUUGAAGCGUCAUUCUGAGAGUGACAGUAUGUUUUCGUUAGAUGCAGUCAGAUUCUUGAAAAAUAAUUCUUUCGAUUUCAAUAAGGUAAUAAAUAAUUUUUAUAUCAUCUUUUUCAUAUUUAGAUUUUUCUCCAUGGCGUCACAUAUUGCAACAAUGAAGAACAACGUUCUUUCAAAAAAUCAAUAAGCUCUUCAGAUUUUUGUUCAAAGUCGGUUAAAUGAAAGGAGGAUGUUUCUGUAAAUACUUGUAGGAACGAUUUGAAAGAGAAACUGGACUUAUUGCUCGUUUUGUUUGACUAUGAAGUUCAACGGAAGAAGGUUUUAUUCUUUUAUUCAGUUCUCAUCCUCAAAAACUUUUAAAUUCAGAAGUUUGACGAGAAAAGUUCGGAUUGGUUUGAAGUUGACAGCGAUAAAUUAUAUUCACAUUUCGAUGGAGAAGUAAAAAUUGCGCUAUACCCCCAUGGAAGUUAUACCUCCGAAAAUCCUAAAUAGUAUUUUUCCGAUUCAUCUCUUCCUUCCUGGUCUUUUUUGCAGUAUGUUUUUGUGGGAACAUCGUCCCGACUCAAUCGAAGCGCACAUCGUUUUGCAUGAGUUGUCUAAAUUUUACCCUCAUUUGCAUUUUUGUUUCGGUUCACAGUUCUCAAAGGUUCUCAGAUUUCAAAACAUUUCUCCAAAUAACUUAUUCAGAUCAUUGCGGUUGUGAAAAAUUCGGUGGAAACCGAUUCGCUGAAACUCAAUACAAAAUCUAGGCAACAAUUUUUUUUUAUUUUCAAAAGGUAAUAAGACAAUUUAUACAGACUCAUCUCUGCUUUUUCUGGCGUCUCAGUUUUGGUGAAGGCGAUUUCAAAAAACAAGAUUCCGCUCAUUGGACAUAAUUGUUUAUUGGACCUUAUGUACCUGUACAAUUACUUCAUUGGGAAUUUGCCAGGUUCCAGUUUAGUUUUCUUCAUUCUCUAAACAGUUGGUUUCAGAUGACUAUGAUCAAUUCAAGAAUAACCUAAAUUCAGUGUUCCCUCUCAUCAUUGACACGAAGCUUUUAGCCACUCGGCAACAAAAAGUAGUUCAAAUUCGCGUUUUAUUAUUUUCUUUUUCUCAGAUAUUCUUCAAACACGGAGUUCGCGACUUGUCUUUAGACGCCCUUGGAGAUUUCUUUUCCAAGUUUGUUUUCCAAAAAGAGAGGUUUCUGAACUAUAAUUUUAAGUGAAGAAACCGAUCUACUGCUCCCAAAAAAAGUGGUUACUUUUUCAUCUGGGAAAUACUCCAGUAAUUUGUUUCAAGGUCAAAAGUUUCCACUAGACCUGAAUUCCCGAAGACUUGUUUCUAGAUGGUGCACAGUAUCAUGAUGCUUCUUACGAUGCCUUCGUGACUGGCGAGGUUUUCAUCAAGACGUCUCAUUUUUAUUUCUAUGGGUUCGCUUCACCUUCGCUCUUUGUUUCUUUGGUAGUUUUGGAUACUCAUGAUGAAAAACGUUUUCUGAAGUUUUGUUCGAAAACCAAAACUUUUAGGGAAAACUGUGACAGAACCAAACUCGCCCUUGACCUUCGGGUCAUUUUAAGAAUUUUGCGGAGUGACGUCGCAAAUCGAAUUCCAAUUCCUCUCAUGGACGUCGCACAUUGCUAUUUGGUAUCUAGAUAGUUUUUGCUUUGAGAAAACUCGAAUUUCAAGGAAGGAACAGAUCCUUGCGGCCUUCGACCUGCGCUCAUUCGCGUGGAGAAGCGGCGACAAUCUUGGAAUUCAUUCUCACAGUCUUCUCAGGUAACCUUCCCAUUUGGGAUCACUGUGGUAGUUCAAGAGUUGGCCCAUAGAUGGAAGAACUGAGGCUUGAGUGUUGUGCUUCAACUGGUUUCAAGUUUUAAAAUUGAGAAAUUCUUUUUUUUGGAUAUUUGUAACUCGUGUCGAACAGUUUAUAUCGACGAGAAGAUAGAGGCGUUCGCUCACAAACGCUGUCUCCGCGCAGAUGUUUAUGAUUCACUUAUUUAUGAUUCAACUGAGUUUUUCAUAGUUCAUCAAUUUAUCUUUUCAUGAUUUUGAGAAUAUCGUUCAAUUGCAGAGGAAACAUAUUUUGUAUUUGUCUAAGAUUGACGGGGAACAACUGGAAGAAGAAAGAAGAAGACUGAACUCGUUGGUGGGCUCUUUUCGUUUCGACAUGAAACUGAACAAGAACAAAGAGGCGUUGCUCAUCGCCUCCAAUACGGCAAACACGUGAAUUUCUUGAAAAGCUUUUUUUUUUUUUGAAGGGAUAUUUCUCAUUUUGUGACGGCUUCAUCAGCUCAUUUGGAGAUAUCGCAGUAACCAAAAUAUUCAUAAAGCUGUUGCGUGCCUACUCAGGGCCCACUUUGCACUCAUUCAUUGUCCUCGUCAUUUGGAGUUUCAGUUAUGCGAGAAUUUGCGACCAUUACUCAAAAAGUGAAGUAUACUUACUCAGUGAUGAAAAAGCUCUCGGCCGAAAAUUGUGAGUGAAGCUCCUUUUUUUCGACUGCAAAUGUAUCACAGCACUUUUGAACAACGACUGACGUGCUUCCGAGGUCCCAAGGCCUCAGUUGGCAAAGAUGCGAGGUUACCUCACCCAUUUGGUUCUUCUUUGUAAUUGCGUUUCAGGUCUGACUCUUUGAUUGACCACAAAGCUAUGCUCGCUUUCUCGUUCUGUUCAGUGACUUCUUUCGCGAUUCUAGCUAGGUUUCUCGAUUCGGCUUGA